CUCUAGAGCUUUCUCAUUGACACAGAGCAAGUGUUAUAUCCUCCCGUCUGCUCUUUGCACUCGGAGGUCCUGAAGACAAAACCAGGCUCAGCGAAUAUUCUCACAGGGUCAUAUUCCAACCCUGACCUGGCUCCUCCAAUGUCUUCCCCAAACUCUGAUGCUCGGGGGAGGGCAGGAACUAUGACCUUGUCACUGUGGUGUCCCCAGCUCUUUGGAAUUAGAUUGAAGCAUUGUAGGUAGUUAUACCUAUUUGAUGAACGAGUGAAUGAACAAAUUGUGUUUGGGACUCUUUCAGUUAAUCAUGAGAAGACAGAAGACAGCACGAAAUGAAGAAAAUCCCCAUGGUUCUGAGGACCUCCAGGCGGCCCUGCAGGAGCCCAGGCUGCGGCUCCUCCUGGCCGGGAGGACGGGGGCGGGGAAGAGCUCCACGGGAAACAGCAUCCUGGGCCGGAAGCACUUUGACUCCAGGCUCAGGGCCACGUCGGUGACCCGAAGCUGUGCCGUGGCGAGCGGCAGGUGGGCGGAGUGGGACGUGGACGUCCUUGACACCCCGGACCUUUUCAGCUCCGAAGUCGCCCGGACAGACCCCGACUGCAAGGAGAGAGGCCGCUGCUACCUGCUCGCAGCCCCCGGGCCCCACGCCCUGCUCCUGGUGACGCAGCUGGGCCGCUUCACGGCCCAGGACCAGCAGGCCUGGAGGGCGGUGAAGGCGCUGUUCGGGGCCGGGGUCUCGGCGCACACGAUCGUGGUCUUCACCCGCAAGGAGGACCUGGCGGAGGGCUCCCUGCAGGAUUACGUGCGCGACAGCGAGAACCCGGCGCUCAGGCAGCUGGUGGCCGAGUGCGGGGGCCGGGUCUGCGCCUUGAACAACCGCGCCACGGGUCCCGAGCAGGAGGCGCAGGUGACGGAGCUGAUGAGGCUGGUGGAGGAUCUGGUGAGGGACCGCGGCGGCGCCCCCUACACCAACGACGUGUACCGCCUGGCGCAGGCCCUGGGCGGCGUGAGCCCGGAGGAGAGGCUCCGCAAGGUGGCCGAGCGAGUGGCAGGCCGCCAGCUGAAGCAGCGGUGGGGCUGGCUGCUGGCCAGUCGGUGGAAGUGGCCCCAGGCACUGGGGACGUGGUGGAGCCUGAGCCUGGCGGGGCUGCUGAGCGGGGUGAUCCUGCUGUACGGUUCACACUGGCUUUGGGGAGGUCGGUCCUGACCGACAGGCUGUAAAUAAGACUUGGACUUAAUCAAGUGACACCAGAUUCAUCCCUGGUGCUCUGCAGUUUCAGCGCCCACAUGCUCUCCUCUCUUCCCUCACCUGCCUCUUCUACCAACUUCAGAAUCCUGCCAGGUCCCAUGUCCCUCCUGAAACAUUCCCAUGUGACCUGGAGGUCCCCAGGCACUCCCCUUCCUGAAGCCAAACAACCUCUGUGCCUUUGCCUGCUUUCCCCUGACCUCGGACUGCCUUGACUCUCUCCUGUCAUUACAUCGUCUUGGCGCCUGAGAGCAGGAGAGGAGCAUUUGCUCCCCCGCCCCCCACCACUUCAGGCAGGAUGGAGGGCAGAACCGUCCCAGAGCAGAGCCCUGAGUCCAUACUGGCUUGUUUGAGUUGAACUGGAUUGAAUAAAUGAAUGUACAGGAAA